AUGGGUUUGGGCAUAAGGUUGUCGAUUGUGUAUCCCCACCACAAGUCAAGUCAUGCUACUCGUGCGGCCAGCAAGGCCAUAUCUCGAGGGACUGCCCAACACCAAACUCCAACAUUUGCUAUCAAUGCCAACAGCCUGGUCAUAUUUCACGCGAAUGUCCAAACGCUGAAAAAGGCGCUUCAGGGCCUUCCUCCUCGAUCACGUGCUACAGAUGCUCUACAAAAGGACAUUUUGCCCGAGACUGUUCUCUUGAUAAGGCCAGUUCUCUCUGCUAUAAAUGCCAGCAGCCAGGCCAUAUUUCUCUGUCUUAAUGAAUUUGAGGAGCGGAAGAGCAAUGUGUUUGUGUUUACUGGAAAUUAUUGGACACCGUCCUGGAAAACUCAUCCCAUACCCAACACUAGUGUAAAUAAGCAAACGCGUACGUGGAAGCUAUUGGAAAUCCCCAUUUUAAGGGAUGGUCACCGAAAACCUGAAAAUUAUAUCAAAAAGCAGGGAUGGCAUACCUGGGCCCAAUUCCUUUCAGGACUCAAUGAGAAGAUCUCACACGGCCAAUGCAAUUCAUCACCCAUGGACAAUGGUGAUCCAUUUUCAGGCGGCAUUUGCCGCAUUUCCGACAAUGCCUGCACCGAAGGACCUUUGGAAACGAGCAAAUCUCGCAAUAUCCGUGGAAGGGAAACUUAA